GUCGUUUCACGGUUUUUGUGGGUUUUCCCGGCCGCCCCGGCCCCGCCCGGCAGAGUUUGGACUUUGCCCCCCAAGGGCCAGGUCCUCACCCCGGGAUGGACGUGCUGCGGGCAGUGGCCCGUCGGGCCUGGCCUGCCCCAGCCCCUCAGCCCCGGCCCUUCUGGGUGUGCGACCGGCGCCGGGGGCGGCCCCGGGGGGUGGUGGCCGCCAGCCUGCAGGAGCUGCAGCAGCAGGCGGGGGAGGCGCUGAGCCUGGGGCCGCUCGUGACACUGGUGCUGGCGGAGGACGGGACAGCCGUGGAGAGUGAGGGGUUUUUCGGGGCACUGGCACCCCACACCCUCCUCAUGGCCCUGGCACCAGGGCAGUGCUGGGAGCCGGCCAAGGCCAGGCCGUGUGGGGAGCGCUGGGAGCCGGGGCCGGGGGGGUCCCGCCGUGGGGAGGAGGUGGCCCGCGUGACGCUGUCCCUGGCCAAGUCGAGCCCCCACGACCUGGUGGGGCAGCUGCGGGUGACGGCGGCCGUCAGGGGCCUGCGCUGUGACGUGGGGGGACUCGGACCCGAGCGCCUCCUGAGGGAGCUGCUGCGGCUGAUGGUGGCCGUGACCCGCACCGUGGGACAGAGCCUCCUCGGCCUCUCGGCCGCCCUCCGGCGCCUGCUCGACGUUGCCCCCACGCAGAGGGUCACCUACGAUGGCUGAGCCCCGCCCUCCCGCGUCAGGACCCCGCCCGUUUCCCCCAACCAACACCUCCCAUUAAAAGGGGGGGAACCCACGGGAGGCGGCUUGGAGGGCCCCGCCCUGUGACAAAAUGGUCGCAGUGGGGGGCAACGGGGCACUGCAGGGAGGUGGAGGGGCCGAGGGACCAGCACCCGCCCCCUCUUCCCCCAAAAAACAGGAGAAAUGUGAAAAAAGCCACCCAUUCGUGUGCAAAAA